CUCAAACGUCACCUACAAACCGGGAUUACACAAAAGAAGAAAGUCGGAAUCCUGUGACAGGAAGUUUAAGUAUAUUUGUUUUGUUCUCUCUCAGUGAGUUUCCAUAUGUAGUUUAAUCGAUUAAACAAAGAAACGCUUUCCUGUCACCAUGGUGGAGCCCACAGCCUCCGGUGUGUUCUGUAACAGGAUGCUGAGCAUGGUGAAUUCUGAAGAUGUGAACGCCAUCAUCCAGGCUCAGAGACACAUGCUCGACCGCUUUGAGAAAACCAAUGAGAUGCUGAUCAACUUCAAUGGACUGUCGAACGUGAGGCUGCAGCAGAUGAACGAGCGCUUCCUGCUCCACACCCGCACUUUGGUAGACAUGAAGAAGGAUCUGGACAGCAUCUUCAGGAGAAUCAGAACAUUAAAAGGAAAGAUUGCAAAGCAGUACCCAGAAGCCUUCAGCAACAUCCAUGAGUCACCCAUCUUGGAGGAUGACGACGAAGAAUUUGACCCGAUUCCUCCCAGCGUUGCUACAACAACCACCACAGCCACAUCGGAGCAGAGCACAGAAUCAUGUGACACAAGUCCAGAUGUGAUCUCGCCCACCGUGAGUAGAUGCUCUGAAGAUCUGUCUCAGGAGCCACCAGACACGCCGACCUCUGACUUCUUAGAGACGGCCGUCCUGCGGGACGAGGGUCCCGACUCUGUAGCUGCAGAGUAGAAUGGAAGGUUUUCACUUGAAACUGAGUCAACCAUAAGUCUGCUUUGGCAGCAGGUAUAUUGUUUUUGUGUGUCGGCCUCUUUAAGAUUUACGCCAAUCACAUACUUGAUGUUAGAGGCAUCUCUGAGGUAUUAGAGCGUUUUUGUUGGCAUGCUUACAGUUUAUUCUUUUAUAGCUACUAAAUCAUGCCAAAGAAAUACUUGAAUUCAUAUGUUAGUGUGUGUAUAAAUACAUAUAUGGUAGUCGUAACUGAAUCUGUGCAGAAGUGUUUAUUAUUUAUUUGCUGUUUUGGUUUGGAAAGAUGCACGUCUAACUCAAGACACAAGCUUAUAUUGAUGGCAUAUUGUUAAAAAUGCACAAUGGUCCUCUUAUCUUGAAUAUAUUGGUUGUCAAUAAACUCAGCUUGUCUUAUUUAAAAUCAUUCUA